AUGGGAGGGUGCUCGGAGGGGCAGUCUGUUCAGCGUGCCCCCCAUCCCCAACACUCAGCCUCAGAGGCUGCAAAACCCGAAGAUCUGGGCAGCAUAGACCCAGGCCGCCCGACCCGGGUCGGGAACUCGGUAUCCUCGCACCGCCAACCUCCCUCACCCUGUAAUGCAAACCCGCCGCGAGCCGGCGGGGCAGAGUUACCCGCCAAGGCCCAGGCGCGAAGACCGCAGGAGCGUACCGGGCUCCGCCGCUGGGGCUCCGUGGCGCUCCGCUGGCUGCCGCCGCUCGCUCCAAGCCGGCUGCUGUCUCUUCCGCGGCGCCUGCAACAUCGGGCAGCCGAAGCCCACGGCCGGCGGAAACCGGAGGAAGGUGGCGCGCGGGUCAGGAGCGGCGCGGGCAAGAUUGGUCUCCCCAGACCUGGCGGAGGAGCAGGGGAGAGCGCAGUGCCGCCUGCGGUCCGGGGCGCCCGCCAGCCGGUGCGCUGCCCGCGGGGCCCGGGGCCGGUACCCAGGCGACUGUGCGCCUCGGAGCCGCGGGGGAGCUCCUCCUGCUGGGCUGCUGGAGCCAGAUGGGCGGUGGCCGCAGCCGCCCCCAAGUUCGCAGAGGAAGGUGCAAUGCGGAGAGGGAGGCUGUGGAGCUCCGGGUCCCCAGAGCGGCGAGGCAGGAGCGCAGCCGAGCUCCUACCUUUCGGGGUGGGAGGGCACCCGCCGCGCGCCCUCGCAGGGCGUCCCGGGGAGGAAAAUCACCACGAAGGGAGGGCUGGGGAAAAGCAGCUGGUGGCUUCUGGACAAGCCAUCCUAGGACUCUUGGAUCUGCAAAGUCAUGUGCUAAAAGAAGAGGCCACCCACUACUCUUAUGUAAUGUUGGUGCUUCUUCAUUGUCAUUAGUGGCCAAAAAGGGCACUGUUCGCCCUAAACCUAGUUCAAAGUCCACCUCCUCUACUAGCCUGCCCUGUGACCUUGGGCAUUUCCUUUUUGUCAUGUAAAAUGAGAUAAUAUAAUUUAUAUUCAGGGGUUGU